CGCCGCUUCAUCGGAUUGUCAGCUGAAAUUCGGAAAGAUAUUCCUGAGGAAUUUCAUCUCUGAGUGACAUGUACGAGUACCACUGCAGCAAGAGGCAAUGGCUUCCCUUAGCCAAAUCUUCCUUGUUCUGAUGAUUAUGUCUUCUUUCUGUUCCGGUGGAAGCCGGAAGGAAUUGCGAGAUAAAGAAAAUGUGGGUACACAGUCGAGUCUUGAGUUUGGAUCUAAAUCUGUGGACCCAAGACGCGUUCUUCAACUUUCAUGGCAACCAAGGGUCUUCCUUUACCGCGGGUUCUUGUCAGAGGAAGAGUGUGAUCAUCUGAUAUCUCUGAGAAAAGAAACUUCAGAGGUUAACUCAGGGGAUGCUGAUGGAAAGACGCGAUUUGCUAGUUCUUCGUACGUCAUAGAUGUGCCGGAUCCAACAGUUGCUGGGAUUGAAGAAAGAAUUUCUGCGUGGACUUUCCUCCCAAGAGAGAACAGCGGUCCGAUCAAGGUAAGAAGUUACACUUCGGAGAAGUCAGGCAAUAAGCUGGAUUAUUUUGGAGAAGAAUCUAGCUCGCUUGAAACUUUGUUGGCAACCGUCAUUCUCUACGUCUCAAACACAACUCAAGGCGGAGAGCUUCUCUUCCCAAAUUCAGAGGUAAAACCCAAAAAGAGUUGGUCUGACUGUUCAGAGACUGGUAACAUCUUAAGACCAGUAAAAGGAAACGCAGUUCUGUUCUUCACCAGACACUUGAAUGCAUCUCUGGAUCAGACAAGCACUCAUUUUAGAUGCCCUGUGCUGAAAGGGGAACUGUUGGUGGCGACAAAACUGAUAUAUGCAAAGAAGAAGAAGCAAGCAAGAAAUGAUGAGAGUGGUGGUGAAUGCAGUGAUGAAGAUGACAACUGUCGACGAUGGGCUGAGCUUGGGGAGUGCAAGAAAAACCCUGUCUAUAUGAUUGGCUCUCCUGAUUACUUCGGUACCUGCAGAAAGAGUUGUAACGCUUGUUGAUUCUUGAAAGCAUUCUCAUCACAAUGGUAAUAACUGAAACUGGACAAUUUUUUUUUUUUUUUCUAUCUCUUAACAUAUUCAAAUUUGUCAAGCUCCCAAGUCCCAACAUAUCAGUACCUUUUUCCUUCAAAGUGUGUCCACAUAUACUGUAACUACCGUAUUUUAAUACUUUUUUCGGAGAAACACAAAUUUUCCUACAUUUAAAAUAUUCCAUCAAAUCAGAG